AACGGUGACAAGAGUGUCAAUGGUGACAACAGUGACAGCAGUGACAACAACGACAACGGUGACAACAGUUACAACGGUGACAACAGUGACAACGGUGAGAACGGUGACAACAGUGAGAACGGUGACAACGGUGACAACAGUGACAAGAGCGAUAACGGUGACAACAGUGACAAUGCUGACAACAGUGAAAACAGUAACAACAGUGACAACGGUGACAAUAGUGACAAUGAUGAGAACGGUGACAAGAGUGAGAAGAGUGACAAAGGUGAUAAUAGUGACAACGGUAAUAACGGUGACAACAGUUAGAACGGUGACAACGGUGACAACAGUGACAACAGUGACUACAGUCUAAACGGUGAUAACGGUGAUACCCGUUAGAACGGUGACAACGGUGACAAAAGUGACAAUGAUGACAAAGGUGACAACUGUGACAACAGUGACAACGGUGACAACAGUGACGAUGGUGACAACAGUGACGAUGGUGACAACGGUAAGAAUGGUGACAACGAUGACAACGGUGACAACAGCCACAAUGGUGAAAACAGUGACAGCGGUGACAUGAGUUACAACGGUAACAACGGUGACAAGAGUGACAACGGUGACAACGGUGACAACAGUGACAAAAGCGAGAACACUGAAAAUGGUGACAAAAGCGACACUGGCAAUAACGGUAACAAAAGUGAGAACAGCGACAAUAGUUACAACGGUGACAACAGCGAAAACGGUGAUAACAGUGACAACAUUGACAACGGUGACAACAGUGAUAACGGUGACAACAGUGAAAAGAGUGACAACGGUCACAACGGUGACAAUGGUGACAAGAGUGACACCAGUGACAACGGUGACUACAGUGACAAAGGUGAGAACGGUGACAACUGUGACAACAGUGACAACGUUGACAACGGUGACAACAGUGACAACGGUGAAAACGGUGACAACAGUGACAACAGUGACAAGGAGACAACGGUGACAAGAGUGAGAAGAAUGACAACGGUGACAACCGUGACAACGGUGACAACACUUAGAAGAAUGACAAUGGUGACAACAGUGACAACAAAGACAAAGGUGACAACAGUGACAACACUAACAACAGUGACAACGGUGACAACGAUGACAACGGUGACAACAGUGAGAAUGGUGACAACAGUGACAACGGUGACAACAGUGACAAUGGUGACCACGGUGACAACACUUAG